GCGUCUCAGGACAACCUCUGCCAAACCUGAUACACCCUCUCUCCACUACCAACGACACGACACGACACACGCCAAUUCCCACCACACUCGCUACCCGCGCGACGCUCAUCGCUACCGAUCGCGCACUACAUUGAUUAAUUCUUUGACGACACGCCUGCUUUGCCAUCGGGGAGGACUGUAAGGGGGACCAGGAAGGGCCUUUGGGGCUCAGGGACCGUUCGGCGUCAUGGACCGACGCAGCAGCGACAACAACGAACCGCCGCGCCAGCUGAGCAACCCCGAUGUCUUUGACGACGACUACGAAAUCGACCCCGACGAGGAUGAUUUCAUGCCCUCCGUCUCGGAUGGCUUCCGACCAGCCAACGCGAGCCAGCCCUGGCAGGGCGACCGCCAAAAUCACAACCGGAUAGACGCGCUGCAGCGACAACCAUCGACCUCGAAAGCGCCCGAGAGCCACCAGAGCGACCUAAGAAGGACGGCGACGCGAAACAGCACGGCCAAGGUGCGGGAUUCGAUGACGCAAGAUGGUGGCCGACCGCCCCUCAACCGAGGGCCCAGCCACCACAGGCCCCUUGGACAUCGCGACUCUGUGAGCUCUGCGGGAUCUUUUGCGACGACCAGCAACUCUGAGAACCCGUUCGAGACGGGCCCGAGCCACCCGUAUGGCAUGUACCCGCAGCUAUCAAUGGCACGGCCACUUAGCGUAGCAACAAGCUCGACGGAACGCCAACCGCAUCGAUCAAUGUCACUGCAGCGGCCGACACAUCCCUAUGCCAUGUACUCGCAAAGCGGCAUUGUCGACCAAGAGUCACCGGACGAGCCAGCCCAGCCACCUCCACCUCAGGUCCAGUCGACUAUUCCCGUGGGAUUCCCGGGCCUGAACAACGGCUACCACAGAGUGCUUGGACCGGAUGGCGAGGAGCAGGAUAUCAUCGGACCCGACGGACACACCGAGCAACUGCCACCGUACUCGAGAUUUCCAGAGGAAGGACCCACCAAGGCUUCCUUGGCAGCCGAGGCAAGCGCGUCGUCGCGUGUCAUUCCUGCGCCCGUCCAAGUUGACGCAGAGGAUCCUUUCAACACACCCGCAUCUCCUGUCUCACCGCUGAGCACUACCUCAUUCUCGCCACCCCCUCUACCUGCCGUUCCUUUGCUCCCGUCCGUCACACCCGCCCGGUUGCCACCUCAGAGACCAGAAACCCAAACCGGCAACCUAGCGGCUACCAAUUCUGCCGCUGCACAAAGCAGUACCGUGCCAGCAGAACCCUCUGACUCGUCCUCUGCAUCUCUACUGGCGUCUGAGAACCACUUCUCGGAGAAGGCAGAGCCAGUUGAAGGCAAGGUCAGCUGGCGUAAGAGGAAACUAUGGGGAAAGGUGCCUAUGGGUGUCGCGCUCGUAGUCCUUGUCCUCAUACUAGUAUUCUCUGUCGCCCUUGGAGCAGCCAUUGGUACCUUUGCUGCCAAGAAACACAAUGACGACGACGACGACCAGAAUGGAAAUGGCGGCCCUCAUGAGGAAGCGCAACCUCAGGUAACGGGCCAAAACGGAUCACUUUUCGACGCUGUUCCCAUCUCAACACCAUCUGGUCUCUUACCGCUGCCAACAGGAUCCUUCGCACUUCCUUUGGGUAUACCGCAAGAGCAAAACGCGGGAUGCUUGACACAAGCAAAUCAGUAUUCUGCAUGGUCAUGCAAGAUGACUUUUGCCCCGCUCGUUAUAACUAUCAACGACACCGUCAUUGGUGGCGAAACUCAACAAGUUGCGUCGAUGGGUAGCGGACCUUCGGUGCCGGCAAACUCUGUACUGUAUGGCCUACAGACUCCUUUGCUUGAUACUAAGCCGAUGGAGCUGGUGCUCGAUCUGGAUUUCAAGGGCUACGGUCCAGCCUAUCAUUUCUCUGCUCGAUACGACAAGCUAGUUGUCCUGCAACCCACUGAGCUCAGUUUCGGGUCAGGACUCUCGAAACGACAAGACGAGAAGUACAGACAGCGCUUCCAGGUUCAACCUGGCGAUACCCCCUGGUUUUGCUACUGGAAUGAAACAUACAUCGAGGGCUACAUCUACGCUGAUGACAACUCGACAGCAGCUACCUUUACCUCGUUCCCUACCCAAUGGCCCACGCCUACGCCCACGCCCGAAACAACCGACAAUGGAGCUGUGAAUGUUGCUGUUGCUGUGGCGACUGAGAGUAGUGUCUCUACUAGCUCUACACAAACUACUGCAGCGUCUCCAACAAAUUCCCUUGUCGACCUGGCCGCCCCGUCACCCGUUCGCGCUCGAGACUCCGGAUCGGAUGCUUCUUCGCCCCCUCGUAUGCCACCUUAUCCCCGGAUCGUCAAGAUAGAAGAACGCCGUCUUCCCGAUUCGCCACAACCAUACUGCCAACAGAUGCUCAUGCUCGAUAACUAUGACAUAGUAACGUCACCUAGUCCGAACGAUAGCCCAAUCAGGAUAUGGUUGCAAGAAUCAGAUCCUAGCUAUGAAGAGUACUUUGCUGCUCAACCUUCCCAAACCAUCACAUUCGACAGGAAGACAAAGCGCGAAAAUCUUGUUGAUAUCCAGCGCCGCGUGGACCCUCAGGAUGCUUGUCACUGUCAGUGGAUGUUCAAGUGAACAACGGACCUGGUUUAGAGCACUUCUUUUCUUCUUGCAACGAUGUCACAGCAUGAUUGUCGAUCUCCUUUCUUCUCCACACGGGUAUAUUGGGUCCAUUUCGCCUGUUCGGUGUUCCACGGCGUUCUGUUAAUAUUGACUCACGAGUCUAUACGCAUCACUGGCAUAUUUCGGUUUCUUUUACUCAUCUCUUUUUGUUUAGUCAAACAUGUAGCAUGCUAUGUUCAUAGCUUUCGCGUUUCUGUAUCGUCUCUGGGACGGAAAGUAGGCCCUGUUUUUUUUUUGGGCUAUACUGGCGCAUAUUGUCGCGGCGCUGCUUCUGUAUAUAUUGCCCUGGGGGAGUUCAGAACCGCGAGUACAAAUUUCGCGUGAGUUCAUAUUGGAAAGGGAUAGAUAGAAGAACAACAUUAUUUACAUUGACUGGG